GCGCAGCGGCGAUGACGCGCGCGCGCGGCGCGCGGGGCCCGGCAUGAGGACUUUGUGGAGAUUGGGAUACUGUGCCAGACUACUGAAAACUAAUCAUUUUAGGACAGCUGCAUCAAAUACAUCAUUUCCAGCAGUUUGGAUGCUAUUGGCACAACAUUCUGGCAGAAUACCUGGGCUCUUUGUAGUAGUUAAAAAAAAUACUUUCUUCACAAUGCCCGAAAACGUGGAGGAUAAAACCAAUCCAGAACUGUAUUUGCCACAUCCUGGAGUGCGUGGGAUGACCCUGCUCGACAGAGAGGCUUUCAAAAGGACAGUGGUGGUUCCAGCUCUUAAAGUCAAGAAAGAAAUUGUGCAUAGUGUGCUGAAGUCCCUAAAACAAUCAGUACUGCAGCGUCCCGGCCUCAAGCGGGUGGUGGAGGAUCCAGAGGAUGAGGACAGUAGAUUUGUUAUCCUGGAUCCUCAUAAAGUACCGGGAUUCUCAUUAGGAGAGUCAGAGCAACAGGUCCUGAAGCAGCUCAAUGUCCAUCCUGAGGUGUCCAGGUACCACCUGGAGCUGACCUAUGAGAAUUUCAAGGUGGAGGAGAUCCUUCGAGCCGUCCUUCCCCAAGGUCAAGAUGUCACCUCUGGAUUCAGCCGUGUUGGCCACAUUGCUCAUUUGAAUCUCAGGGAUCACCAGCUGCCCUACAGACACUUGAUUGGUCAGGUUAUAAUGGACAAGAAUCCAGGAAUCACCUGUGUAGUGAAUAAAACCAGUAUUAUUGACAGCACAUACAGGAAUUUUGAAAUGGAAGUGCUUGCUGGAGAGAACAACCUGGUGACCAAGGUCAAAGAAAAUAACAUUUCCUAUGAACUGGACUUCUCCAAAGUGUACUGGAACCCGCGCCUGUCCACAGAGCACGGCCGUAUAGCGGAGCUGCUGAGGGCGGGCGAUGUCCUCUUCGACGUCUUUGCCGGGAUCGGGCCUUUCGCCAUCCCGGCAGCCAAGAGGAGGUGCCGAGUGUUUGCCAACGACCUCAACCCCGAGUCCUACGCCUGGCUCCUGCACAACUGCAAGCUCAACAAAGUGGACACCAAGGUGAAGGCGUUCAACAUGGACGGCAGGGAUUUCCUGCGGGGGCCGGUGAGGGAGGAGCUCAGCAAAGAGCUCCCGCUCCUGAAGGAAGAACAGAAAACCGCUUUCCACAUUGUGAUGAAUUUGCCAGCUCUAGCUGUGGAGUUUCUGGAUGUUUUCAGGCAUCUCCUGGCCGGGGAGCCCUGCAGCCCUGCUGGCCUUCCCACUGUGCACUGCUACGGGUUCUCCAAAGACAGCAACCCAGCCAGAGACAUUCAGGAGCGAGCGGAAGCUACGCUGGGAACCUCCUUGGCUGGACGCUGUUCCACUGUCCUAGUCAGGAACGUGGCGCCCAACAAGGAGAUGCUGUGCCUCAGCUUCCAGAUCCCGGCAGAUGUGCUCUACAAGAGGCCCUGCCCCGAUGAGGCAAAACCAGCCUCAAAACGUCUGUGUACCAGCCAAGAUUCUUCAGAAGAGAAGGUGCUGAGUUGAAGACCAGAGCUAUGGUGACUACCUUACUUUGUGUAAAGGGUAUUUGGGGUGUCUCUGUUUUACCUCUUGAGUUAUAAGGAGAAGACCUGUGUUCCCAUCAAGUUGCAGCUUUCCUUUGGGAGCCUUGCUUCCUGCAGUCAUCUUCUCAUUGUGGGAUCGAUUAAAAUUGUUGUUACUACAAAAAAAUUAAAGCUUUAUUCUUUUAUAAUAAAUGUGUUUUGGUACUUCUCUGCUCUCUAUUGUUUCAUGCCCUGUGCUAACUCAGUGGCAGGGCCUGGGGUGGUUUUCUGCUGUAGCAUUUUGAUAAUGUGCAAGUUGUGGGGAGAACAGAUUUUUAUGUCUUGUCGGGUCUGGAAAGGUGACUUAUAUAACCCCUGCCCUGGAGUCUCCCUGAAAACUGUUUUGGUUUCAGAAUAUUGGAUUAUGGUUAGCAGAUGCACAAACAACUCUUGUGUAAGCAAGGUAACCUUUCAAAAGCUUAACCUGAGAUUACCAAAAAGGGCCAAACAGCCCAAUAUCCUGAGGUUUUCAGUAAAAAAUGCUUUUUAACACCAAGAUUUAGUUAGGGAUUAGCUGACUUCUAACUUUGUGUUUGCCCAUGGUUAGAGCCAGAAAGACUUUAAUGGUUUUUGCACAUUUGCAGAUGAAGUUCAUGCUUGCUUUGCAGUUCCAGGCUGAAACCAGCACCUGAAAAACAGUUCUGUCCUCCAGAAACCGUGUCCUCCCUUGGCUUUUGUGCCUCUGCCCUCUCCCAGCUCUCCCCACCUCUGCCUGCUCCCCUGCUGCAGUCCCUGGAUGAUCUUUCUGGCUGGCUGCUUGUAUUCUGCGGGGAUUUGAAAAGCCUCUGCCUUUGAUUUCCUUUUCUUACUCUUCCAAACUAUUGUUGGGCAAUGUCAACCACAAAUAGUUUAUUUGGCCAGAGAACCCGGCUCGCCCUCUCAGUUUCAGAUAUUUUCCCUCAGCCCAAGCUCCGAGCUCACGCCCAGCAACCAGAUGUCUGUCACCCUCGUGGCCCUGCUGCUGUGGCUCCAGCCCUGAGCCUGCAGCCCGCUGCAUUUUUGGUUCUCACCCAAACACCACCAAGGGCCACGGAUUUGUUUUGCUCGUGGCUCUGUGCGACGGCCUUUCCUUCCCUUGGCUCCGGUGUUUGCAGCGAGCCCUGGCAGCCUGGUUCCUGCAGGAUCACGUUUAUCCAUCCCCAGGGAGCCCAUCCUGACUCAGCCGGGAAUGCUGAUCGCUCCCUGGUCUGCGCUGAGCCCGGCUCUCCUGCUCGGGCCUUUAACACGCCCUGCAGCUCCAGCCUGGCACUGCUCUCCUCCCAGGCACUGCUGUGCUGCGAUUCUGCCCCGGCCUUGCUGCUGCUCCGCUGCCUCUCCCAUUUCCUGGCCCCUCUGCUGCUCUCCAGCUGCUGCCCUCUGCCUUUCCAUGAACAUCUCCCGUUCUCUGGAGCCCCCCACAAACACUGCUGGAGCAGUAAGGCUCUCCACCAGGCUGGAAUGGUGCAGCCACCCUGGGAUCACUGCCUGACACAGACUGCGGGUCCCUGCACAUCUAGGGCUUGGCACCACUGCGCCAACAGAAACCAGGCUUAGAUCACCAUUGCUGGCUCAAGCCUGUAAAAUACUUAACUCAUUUUCGCUAAGUGUCCCAGGGCAGGGAAGGAUUUGAACUGGUAAGUUUUUUUCCCUUAAGGACUGGAUGCCAGCGUUAUUCCAGCAGCAUAACUUCAGUUUCGGUGCCAGUCUGGCAGAUAUAUCACUAUCCUCACAACCAGGGGUUUUCCAGCUUUCUGUGCAGUUGCCAGUUCUGUGUACAAGAAAGGACAUAAUAAAUAAUAGCCAAGCUACACACAAGUUAAUCAGUAUUGAAAUUAUAAAUAUUAAUAUGCAUAUGCAGUUCUGCAUUCAUUAGGGCAUGACCUGGGGCUUUCCAGAGUUGAAUAUAAAGAGAUGAGGAGAGGAGAGGAGAGGAGAGGAGAGGAGAGGAGAGGAGAGGAGAGGAGAGGAGAGGAGAGGAGAGGAGAGGAGAGGAGAGGAGAGGAGAGGAGAGAGUCUGAUCUCUUCACCUCUGCCUUCUGUAACACUCCUUGUCAGCAGCUGUUCUGGGCACAACCAAAGGGAUUUCAAAGGGCAAUGGAAAUUUUGCCAUCUGCCCACAUUGUCUUUAAUAAGAAAACACAAAGUCUGGAAUAGAUCUUAUUCUUCUCUUUAUUACAGCAUAGAAAAAAUACAUCCAUCUAGUGCACUCCUCAGAGCAGGAUUCAACAGCUAUGAGCAGGUGGCCUAUAAAACAUGGUCCACGGCUGUCCUGA